AUGCAGUUCUGCUUCUGUUUGCUGCUCCCCUGCCUGCUGGCCUUCACCCUGCUCCGCUGCAGCGUUGAUGGCUUCAGAGUCCAACCUGCUCAGCAGGUAGACCGGCCCAUGUUGAGGUUUCACACCGCCCGUCAGCCCCGCCCUGCAGGUGUGAAGGUGGGGGAAGAGCUGACAGCGAAACUGCUCUUAUUGGACCACGAGAUGAGGAUGGAAAAUGAUGUCAUGGAGCCAAAGAGAAAGAGGAGUUUCCCUGUCAACAACAUCCCACUGGACCGCCUGUCCAUCAGCUCCAUGGAAACAAAGCAAGGAUCAAACAAGCAGAGUAAGGUAGUGGAGUCGCCACGACGACGACUCAAUCCACCGCCCAUUGACAGGAUUGGCAUGGGUCGUCUGCCAAACAGCAGAGGAUAGGCCACGCCC